GCUGCUGCGAGAAGAGCUCGUCGAAGAGGAAGAGACCGCACAGGCCUUGCAGUUGCCGAUGAAAGGUACCAGAGGUCAUGCCAGCCGCUGGGACCGCCUCUCCGUUCGAUGGCAUCGUCUGCAGUCAUCGCUGGAGGAGUUGGCGACCGAAGCGCAACAGACCUUACGUCGCUUGCCGAGCCUCGCUGGCUCCGACAUCCUCAAGCGCAUCUGGGCUUUGUUGGAGAUCAGCAGAACGGCUGGCCGUGGGAGCGCCGGAACCAGGACCCCGGCGCCAUUUGCGGUCUGCGAGGGGUCUCCAGAGCUCCGCAGCGUGUCCGAGGGCAUCGAAGGCUUGGCCUUCCCGAACAGGUGA